AAUAGGGGUUUUCUGAAUCUUGUGCUCAAGCUCAGUUGCAAAUAAUCGCUCAACCAUCAUAUUGGCAUAACGUGCGGUUUGCAUGCAACUUGAAACCAGGCCCAACGUGCUUUUUCAUUUCAGAAGUAAAGUGAGAUGCCAAGCUUCAAACAUUCCACUUACAUAUAGGAAGUAUAAUAUUAUUACGGGUCUACUACGUUAUUGUGGCUGUCGGGAUCCCGACCACCAGCCUUUCAAAUGCCUCCCUAUUAUUACAUAUAUCCAGGAGAUAUCUCUUCCUGAGGUAUCUAGUUACUGCAGCAAUGUGGAGCCCAUCCUGCCCACUCUCCUUCCUUGUUACUCACAGGGCCAAGACAUACUCCACCCUGUCCAGACUCCACAUUGCUUCUGCCCAGACCUGUGAGCGGCAGGAGGACAAUAGGAUCCUCUCCCUGUCCCCGCUGACCCAUUAAUAAUACAAGUUCUCAUUUUGUUUUCCCACUUAAGAUACAGUCACAAUGGUGACAUUUUGACAUGGUCAAAGUAUAGACAUCUCAGUAUACAUUGUGGUGUCCAAUUAGAAUUGUAGAAACCAUUUUUUUUAACCAGAUGCCUAUAUUUUAUAUGUAGACUUUUUUACUGUCUACAUAAGCAUUGUCGACCUAUAGUCAACUGGUUGUCGGCAUAAAUUACCUGUCAACAUUAUGGUAUCUAAAUUAUAAAUGUCUACGGUCUCAUUGUUGACUUAAUAUACCCCACCCUACUUUACCACCAGUGCAUCGUGGGCAUUUCAAUGAAGACACACCCCACCCAAAUAUAAAUCUCUCUGCACGUGUUACACCUGUCCCACCUACAGUGUAGCAUGAUUUUGCCUUGGUGCACAGUUACCUGUAUUAUUUUUUUUUUUUUUAUUGGUUUACUUCCAAAUCAUAAUCAGGCCCUGUGUCUUUUGUUUGCUUUUCCCCUUCAGUGAUUCUGACGCUGUCUCCACGGUAUCAGUAUGCGAUCCCAGCAGACGGCAUGCCAUUGGUCAUAAUACCGAUGCCAACAUCCCAAUGGUCAUGAUCCCGACAGGGGUAAGAUGCUCCCUGAUCACACCCAACGUGUUGCGCCUGGACAGCGAAGAGACCAUCAUAGUGGACGGAAACAACGCUGCGUUUGAUGCUGAUGUCAUUGUCCAAGACUUCCCCCAGAGGACACUCACUUUAGUUCAAGGAAAGGUCCUUGUCAAUAAGGAGAAUGGUUUUCUGGGAACAAUUAAAUUGACGAUUCCUGGAAAAGUUUUGAAAAUAGAUCCCAAAAAGAAACAGUAUGUCUAUGUCACCGUAAAGUCUACCAGCUGCAAUCUGGAGAAGGUCAUCUUGGUGUCCUUUCAAAGUGGACACAUUUUCAUGCAGACUGACAAACCCAUCUACACUCCGGGAUCCACAGUCCUCUACAGGAUUUUCUCUGUGACUCCAAGAUUGCAACCUGUAGAAGCAUCAGUGAUCAUCGAAAUCCUGAAUCCAGAGAAUGUCAUUAUAUCUAGCCGAUUGCAAUUAACAAAAACUGGCGUCUUAUCCCUGAGCUAUGUAUUAACAGAACCUGUAAGUUUUGGAAUAUGGACCAUAUCAGCAAAAUUUCAGGAUGCAGAUACACAAAACUACAUCACAAACUUUGAAGUGAAAGAAUACGUCCUGCCAAGUUUUGAGGUUAAGAUUGAAUCCACUCAGAGAUUUUUAUACUUAAAUGACCAAGAACUAAGAGUGCGUAUAUAUGCAAAUUAUCUCCCUGGGAAGCCUGUGAAUGGACAUGCAUUUGCACUGUUCGGAGUGAAGAGAGAUAAUGAAAAGAAAAGUCUAACAGAUACUCUGAGAAGGGUUUCGAUAUCCAAUGGUGAAGGCACUGCUAUUUUGGAAAGGAAUGACCUAGUGAAGUUCUUCCAGAAGGCAGAAGACAUGCUGCAAUGGAGGCUGUAUGUGACAGUGACUGUCAUCACUGACUCGGGCAGUGAUAUGGUGGAAGCUGAGCUGGAUAAUAUUUAUAUUGUGACCUCUCCGUAUAAAAUUCUCUUCACAAAAAGUCCCAAAUUUUUCAAACCCAGAAUGCCGUAUGAUUUUACGGUGUUGGUCACUUACCCUGAUGGGUCUCCCGCACAGGGUGUCCCUGUGGUGGCUGAACCAGGAGCAGUGAGAGCAACAACUCAGGAUGAUGGAACCGUUAGGCUUACUGUCAAUGUAGCCUCAGAUAAAAGCUCUCUGGAAAUAAGGGUAACUACAACAGAUCCUAAAUUAACUAAAGACCAGCAAGCCUCUGCCACCAUGGUAGCCAGUGCAUACAAGUCAUCUAAAGGCAAUUACCUAUAUAUCGGUCACAGCAUAAGAGGGGUGCUGAAACCAGGAGAAAAUAUUCCUAUCAGCUUUAUUAUCCGGAACACAAAUUCUGCAGUUGGAAACCAGAUCACAAAUAUUAACUAUAUGAUACUGAACAAAGGCAGAAUCAUUAGAGUGGGAAGACAGGAGAAACCAGCAGGCCAAACGCUGGUGACCAUGGUACUGCCAGUAACAGAGGAAUUCAUCCCGUCAUUCCGUGUUCUGGCUUAUUAUGUGGUGACCACUGGUGCAGUGAGUGAGAUAGUAGCUGACUCUGUCUGGGUAGAUGUGACAGACACCUGUAUGGGAACGCUGCAGGUGACAGGAGACAAGAUUGCUGACAAUGCAAUACAGAACCCUAGGGCAUCUAUGAAACUGAGACUAACAGCAGAUUACAAGGCCAGCGUGGGGCUGGUGGCUGUGGACAAAGGAGUCUAUGUGCACAACAGCAAGUACAAGAUCUCACAGAGGAAGGUCUGGGACUCGGUGAAUAAGUAUGACAUCGGCUGUACACCUGGGAGCGGUGCUGAUGCCCCAGGAGUGUUUUAUGAUGCUGGGCUGGCCCUACAGACAAACUUCCAGGUGACAACUCCUCAGAGAUCAGAGCCUUUAUGUCAAACAAUUUCAAAGCGCAGAAGGCGUUCAGCAGAUGACGGCAGUGAGUACAUUGAGGAUGUUGAAAUAAAAACAAGGACUGAGUUCCCGGAAAGCUGGCUCUGGGUCAUGGAAACAAUGAAUGAGAGACCAGAUGCUAAUGGAAUUUCAACCAAGACUAUUUCUUUAUUAUUAAAAGAGUCAAUAACUACAUGGGAGGUUUUGGCUGUGAGUUUAUCUGAAAACAAAGGUAUCUGUGUGUCUCAGCCACAUGAGAUCCAGGUUAUGAAGACUUUCUCCAUAGAACUGAAGAUGCCAUAUUCUGUGGCGAGGAAUGAACAAGUAGAGAUACGAGCCAUUCUCUACAACUAUGGCAGCAGUUCAAUUAAGGCACGCAUAGAUUGGACUUAUAAUGAUCAGUUCUGCAGUCUCUCCACUGCUAAAAAUAAAUACCGUCAAGAAAAAAUUGUUGAGCCUCAAUCAUCAGUGACUGUCCCUUUUAUCAUUGUGCCCCUAACUGCGGGCUACCAAAAUGUGGAGGUGAAGGCAACUAGUCAGUUAUUAUCAGAUGGUGUCAAGAAGAGACUGAAGGUUGUGCCGGCAGGAAGACGUUUGACGCAGGUGUUGAAAUCAGUGAUUUUGGAUCCAGAAGUAAAAGGCAAAGAUGGGGUACAAGAAGAAUUAAUCCCAGCCAUGGAUGACAAAAAAAUUGUUCCCAGAUCAGAAGUUGUCACGAUUGUGACUGUACAAGGAAAUCCGGUUUAUGAAAGUGUGAUGGAACCAAUUAAUGGUAUCAAUCUGAAUCACUUGAUCUCAGCUCCCUCGGGAAAUGGAGAGCAGAAUAUGAUGAGAAUGACUACUCCUGUAAUUGUUACAUAUUACCUGGACACCACUGGCCAAUGGGAUAGAGUAGGAGUACAGCGCAGGGAGAAGGCUAUCCAGUACAUCCAAGAUGGUUUUACAAAGCAAAUGGCAUAUCGUAAACCAGACUCUUCAUAUUCAGCCUUGACCACAAAACCAUCAAGCACAUGGCUCACUGCGUAUGUGGUAAAAGUGUUUACAUUAGCUGAGCGUCUACUCAAGGUUGAUAGCAAUGUAAUCUGCAAUUCUGUAAAGUGGCUAAUACAGCAGAAGCAAAAAGAUGGCGUAUUCCAGGAGAAUGCCCCCAUCACUCAACAGGAGAUGGCGGGCGGGAUAACAAAAGAUGCUGAGUUGGAUUCUACGCUCACAGCCUUCGUCCUCAUUGCCAUGCUGGAAAGUGAGCAAAUUUGUGGUCCUCAAGUUGAUAGUCUACAGGAAAGCAUUGGUAAAGCAACAACAUUCCUAAAUGGGAAAUAUCUAUCUCUGAAGAAGCCGUAUUCUAUUGCAAUCACUUCAUAUGCUCUGGCCAGAGCUGGAAAGCUGCAGGACACAAACACACUGAUGUCUGUAUCUACAGAUAACAGUAACUGGGUAGUGCCAGGCUCCCAGCACUUAUCCCUGGAGGCUACAUCCUAUGCACUCCUCACGCUUCUGAAUACAAAGCAGUUUGAACAAGCUGGACCAGUAGCUCGGUGGCUGACAGAGCAGAAGUUCUAUGGAGUAAUUUAUGGAGCUACACAAGCUACUAUCAUGGUGUUACAAGCUCUUGCCCAGUAUCAGAUAGAUGCUCCGCUUGUUAAAGAUUUGGAUAUGGAUAUAACUUACCAGCUCCCUGGACAGUCAAAACCUAUUAUUCGUCACCUCACUCUUCAAAACUCCAUGGUUGCAUUUUCUGAUCAGACAUCAGUAAGACGAGAAUUCAAGGUUACUGCAAAAGGAAAGGGACAAGCAACUCUGAAGUUGUUAUCUGUGUAUUACGCUAUUGAGACAGAAAAGGAGAAGACAUGUAAUAACUUUGAUCUCUCUGUGAAAAUUAAAGAUGAACCUUUAGCUAAGGGUCCAGAAGGCACAAAAUCAACAGUCUCCAUUACCAUCUGCACCAGAUCCCUUAAAAGUCAGGAUGCCACCAUGUCCAUUUUGGAUAUUUCAAUGAUGACCGGCUUUGCGCCAGAUAUAAAUGACCUAAAUACGCUUAAAAACAGAGAGGACAAAUACAUCUCCAACUACGAGAUCGACAAAGGAAAAUUUGAUAAAAACACAUUAAUUCUGUACCUUGAUAAGAUAUCCUACAAAGCGGAGGAUUGUAUAACGUUUAAUCUCCACCAGUACUUUGAUGUUGGUCUCAUCCAGCCUGCGUCUGUCACAGUGUAUGACUAUUACUCCCCAGAAAACCGCUGCACCAAAUUCUACCAUGUGGAAGAGAGGAGUAAGCUUCUGAGUACCAUCUGCCAGGGAGAGGUGUGCCGCUGUGCUGCAGGUUCUCUUGCCUGAAUACUGAAGACAUGUGGACUGUGUAUUGGCCAGAUCACAGGGAAUGUCAGAGGGCUGAGAAUCAAGACCUCAGUGAUGACUUACUUAACUUCCAGAAGAGUUGGAGAUACGUGGCAGUGCCCAGUAACUCACUAUAGUCUUUACAUAUUCAGUUGUAUAAAUGUACUGAUUUUAUAGAAUAAAAAAUGAUGUCUCUUCUA